AUGACCACUUCCUUUCCUGGUUAGAUAUUCAUCAACAAUGAAUGGCAUGGAUCCAAGAGUGGAAAAAAGUUUGCCACAUAUAACCCUUCGACUCUAGAAAAAAUAUGUGACGUGGAAGAAGGAGAUAAGCCCGACGUGGAUAUGGCGGUGGAGGCCGCAAGAGCCGCCUUCCAGAGGGGCUCGGCAUGGCGCCGGCUGGAUGCUCCGAGCCGCGGCCACCUGCUGCACCAGCUGGCGGACCUCGUGGAGAGGGACCGUGCCAUCUUGGCGACCCUGGAAACGAUGGACACGGGCAAGCCGUUUCUCCACGCCUUCUUCAUCGACCUGGAGGGCUGUGUCAAGACCCUGCGGUACUUCGCGGGGUGGGCGGACAAGAUACAGGGCAAAACCAUCCCCACAGAUGACAACGUCGUGUGUUUCACCAGGCACGAGCCCGUAGGCGUCUGCGGGGCCAUCACUCCCUGGAAUUUCCCCCUCCUGAUGCUGGCGUGGAAGCUGGCGCCCGCCCUCUGCUGCGGGAACACCGUCGUGGUGAAGCCGGCAGAGCAGACGCCCCUCACCACGCUCCAUCUCGGCUCCCUGAUCCAAGAGGUUGGCUUCCCGCCAGGCGUGGUGAACAUCGUGCCGGGAUUCGGGCCCACGGUGGGAGCAGCGAUUUCUUCUCACCCUCGGAUUGACAAGAUAGCCUUCACCGGCUCCAUAGAGGUUGGAAAGCUGGUUAAAGAAGCCGCCUCCAGAAGCAACCUGAAGAGGGUGACUCUGGAACUGGGGGGGAAGAACCCCUGCAUCGUGUGUGCGGACGCUGACCUGGACUUGGCAGUGCAGUGUGCCCACCAGGGAGUGUUCUUCAACCAAGGCCAGUGCUGCACGGCCGCCUCCCGGGUGUUCGUGGAAGAACAGGUCUACGCCGAGUUUGUCAGACGCAGCGUGGAGUUCGCCAAGAAAAGGCCCGUCGGAGACCCCUUUGAUGUCAGAACGGAACAGGGGCCUCAGAUUGACCAAAACCAGUUUGACAAAAUCCUCGAUCUGAUCGAGAGCGGGAAGGAAGAGGGAGCGAAGCUAGAAUGUGGGGGCUCGGCCGUGGAAGACAGGGGGCUCUUCAUCAAACCCACGGUCUUCUCAGAGGUCACCGAUACCAUGCGGAUCGCCAAAGAGGAGGUAUUCGGACCGGUGCAGCCGAUCCUGAAGUUCAAAACUAUAGAAGAAGUGAUUAAAAGAGCCAACAGCCUGGAGUACGGACUCACGGCCGCCGUGUUCACGAAAAGCCUGGACAGAGCGCUGGAGCUCGCCUCCGCGUUGGAGUCGGGGACUGUCUGGAUCAACUGCUACAAUGCCAUCUACACACAGGCGCCGUUCGGUGGCUUUAAAAUGUCGGGAAACGGCAGAGAAUUAGGUGAAUACGCGCUGGCCGAGUACACCGAAGUGAAAACUGUCACCAUCAAACUGGAGGACAAGAGCCCCUGAGGGAAGAGGUGGUUGACAGCUGAAUGUGGCAGGUCAGACUCGCUGAAGAAAAAUCUACAUCUCUGCCCUCCGCGGCGCCCUUUCUUCCCGGCAACCUCACAUCUGCUGGAUGUGAACCGAUUUUAUUUUCCUCUCGCAUUCCUGUUUCAUCGACCAAUAUGUCGGGUAUGACAUCGCGGUCCCACCGGGGGAGAAAGCCAUUGGCCAUUUCUGUUUUCCCUUUUCGACCGGGUCCCUGGGGACAGUGAAGAGGCUCAGGGCGUUGUCAACAAGAAGUGGUAUUUGAAGUAUCCAGCAGGCGAUUAAAAAUGCUUCGCUGACUCCGACUCUGAAUUUUUUUGGGGAAAAAAAACCAAAAAAACAAAAAAACAAUUGCCUGUAUGUUCUAGAAAGAGAGUCCUGUUCCUGUGGGUUCUUCGGGGUUACCUGCCCACAGAACAAGCCCCUCCUCCUACCGUUUGGUGGGAAAGGAAUAGCAGUAAGUUAAAAACAAACCAAAAAAAAAACACACACAAAAAACAAACAAAAAAACAAAACAAAAAAACAAACAAACAAACAAAAAAACGUGGAGGGGAUUGCAAAGAUCCUGUCUCCAAGGCCUGCAGCUUGACCGUGAGACACAGCUUAAAAUCAAUUCUGCCAUUGGAACAUGACCAGACCGCCAACCCAGAGAGCUUGUCUCAAACUAUGUCACGGGUGACCCUCAUCGAGGCACUUCCGCAGGCAGAAGCCACCGCUCGUAUCACGGUCGCUGCUGGGGACGUGGUACCCUGAUGCCACAGCAGCAGAGCAGUAACUAAGUCCCGCGUUUUAUGAACCGGAGCCAUAAUUCGCUUUUACGAAUUACGCAUUUCUACCACUUGCAUUCGAUGGUUUAUGUGGUUUGGCUUGCCUUUCCUUUCUCCCAGUCGGUUUAUCCGUUUUAGGUUAGUCAAACAUACAUAACUGGAAAGACCCAUGUUAUCAUACAGCCCUGGUUUUUUAUGUUUAAGUCCUAUUUUGAUACUAAUUCAUGAUUCAUUAACGAAUGACACUUGGACUUCAUGGAGGAACUGGUCUCCCACUAAAGUGGCCGAUUCGUGCAGUAAAAACGUUGUGAGUUGCCAUUCCCUCUUUGUGUGUCCAAAUGGUGCGGAGUUCCAAGUUUUAACUUGGAAAAUGGAAAGCGUUUCCACGUAGCUUUAAAAAAGAAAUGAAACCAAACUUGAAUUGUGUUCUUCAGAUACUUUGACUGUUACUAACUGAUACUUUCCUGAUGGUGUUUAUGUUGUAGAAUUAAAUUGUUGGGGGAGGAGGGCAGUAAUAAAAUGGAGAUCUAUGUCAAAGCCAGUUGUAGGUAUAAAGAAAGUCAUCUAUGAAAUGCGGUUAUCAUUCUUGUCAGAAAUAUGCAAUACAUUCAUCUUCUCUUCUUCGUCAAUUAAAACUUAUCACUCAUACUGUCAUUAACUCGUUAAAUCGGGAUUUGACUCAUACACUGAAUUUUCAGGAUUUUAUCUCAACUAAUUAUAGGCACUAACCUUGAUCGUAAUAAUUAGAGGAUUCUUAUUCUUCCAUUGUAUGAUAAGGCCUUUAAUAUGAAACGCUACUUUAUUUAUAAGUGGUAUAGAUAAUGUAUCUUUUUAUAGUUGUAAGUAAACAGAGGUUGUAUAUGUAACCUUCUGUAAUAUACUGUAUUUAGAAAUGGAAAUCUAUAUAGUAUUAGAUUUCACUUCUUUGAAGGUUUACUCCUGUGGUAUGGUUUAAAAUCUCUUGGCCUGGGAAUUGUGAUCCUGACUGCAGAUUGUGUCCGCAAUGGAACAACAAUAAAAUAAAUUGGAUAUUUCA